UUAGGUCAAGUCAAGACGUUAUCUCUGUGAAGCAAUUGUGUGCAACUUCCAGAAAUCGUGUUAUUUUGCUCUUCUUCUUCAUUGAAUUAAAUCUACAAACUUUCUUGCUUCCGAGAACAAUAUACUUUUUCUCUUUUGUGCCAAAAGUACGUGCUAGUGAUUAUCGGUGGAGGAAAAUGUGAAAGUGAUUCAGAAAAAUUUACCACAAUAUCACACUUUUUUUGAAAUUCACAUUUUAGAAUAAAAGCAAAUACCAGAAAUACAUUUAAAAAUCAUUGAUUUUUAUUUAUAAACUACUUGGAUUAUGACAAUCACUUCUUCAGUGGACAACCAUGUCAUUAUCUAUGAAUUCACACAGUGUUCGGUUCUACCCCGUGUUUGGUGUGGCUCCAGUUACCCCUAAAUCAAAAUUGCAUACAAUAUAAGUAACAUCACUUAAGAAUCGCACUUACCAGAAGCUCAUCAAGACAAAUUAUUGAUUCAAGAAGUAUUUGUAGAAUUUGUUGUUAAAAAAAAGUGUCAUGGCUGGAAAAAAAUAAUUAAGUUUAAGAGAAUUGGAGCUGCUCUUCAUAUUUGGGUGCACUAUUCUUAAGGAGACUACAAUGGGAUUUUUAAUGCUGAGCAGAAUCCUCCAGAUGGCUGUUGCUAUUGGUUUUCUCCUCACUUGCGAUGCUGUCACGAGAAUAAACCCCGAGGUUAGGGAAUAUGUCGUGAACAUCAUGAAACAAUUCUUUGUGCACGAGAGUGAUUUCAAUGGGACGUAUUUGGAAUUUGUACCAAAAGCACUUCGCUGGGAACUGGCAAAUGUUCUAUCGUUUGAAUUUCGAGUGAGUGGCAUCAAUGUGGAAGCUCUGAAGAUGCUACAACAGUUCAUCGGCAUGGAUAAUCUCAAUACUGUGGUGCUGAAAAGAAAUAUCACACAUUUAAGUGCCAAGGCUUAUUCUUUUGAUAGGAAUAUAACGACGCUGGAUUUAUCAAGUAACCAGAUACGGGAAAUUGAUAAGGAUGCAUUUAUUGGAUUAGAGAAACUGGUACGACUGCAUCUCGAAGAGAAUCAAAUAACGCAAUUGGAAGGAGGUGUGUUCACGCCUCUGUAUAAUCUGAAGUACUUGCAAUUGAACUCAAAUAAUAUCACAGAAGUACAGGCUUCCUGGUUUCUGGAAAAUUUUAAAUUGGAAGAGCUCUUCCUCAGGAAUAAUCGUAUCAUACAUUUAGCUGAAGCAUCUUUCGUAAACUUACCAAACUUAAACAAUUUGCAUCUGGCGCACAAUCAACUGCAAACACUCGAUGAGGAAGCUUUUAGGGGAUUAACAUCGCUCAAGUAUCUUACUCUGAGGAAUAAUUUCAUUGAAAGACUCCCACUUAAUAUCUUUGGAGGACUCUCAGAACUUUCUCACCUUGACCUCAGUGACAAUCUCCUCGAGUUCAUUGAUUCACGAGCUUUUCGGACGAAUGAAAAGCUCUUUGAGGUGAUUUUAAGUCGAAAUAGAAUCACAUCAUUUCAUCCAGAUACACUGGCGCAUCUUGAAAAGCUGAAAUUACUAGAGCUCAGUGAGAAUCAACUUGUUGAAUAUAAUUUUCAAGGUGUUCAUGCUCAGUAUAUAAGACUUACAGAUAAUCACUUGACUGAGCUGCAAUUCAAUGUGAAUGCUACCCAUAUAAAAGCCGAAAGUAAUCAAAUUGAGAGGGUUUUGCUUCCCAGCACCAUGAAAUUGUGUGACUUGCAGGUUGCUGGCAAUAAAAUCCAGGAUUUGAGAAACAUUACUGCCAUCACCACCCUCGAAAGUCUCUUCAUCUCAAACAACAGCAUUACAAGUCUCCCUGGAGAUUUUCACAAGCUCACGCUUCUCUCGUUCUUGGAUUUGUCACACAAUCACCUGACACAUUUAUCCUUUGACUCAUGGCCAAGAAACAUCACGAUGGCAUCUUUGAGGGAAUUGUGGAUAAAUGGCAAUAAUUUUUCACAUCUUCCUCUUCAAUUUCUGGAUUUCUUCUCAAAUGUCACAAACCUAAAUUUGUGUGAUAAUCCCUGGAAUAGGACCUUUCUCAUGGAAUUUGACGCAGAAUGUAGAGGCAGAAAUAUCACAUUAAUUGGUUCAAAUAGUAAUUGCACUAAUUAAAAGUUAUCUAUAUUGUUCUUUUUAGUGAUUUAUUUACAAAAUCAAUUUAAUUACACCAUUUUCAACCUAUAUCGUGUAAAUUUUCAAUUCUACCUUUCACUCCUACAUUACAUCACUUUUAUUUUAAUGAAAACAUUCAAUCUAAAACGUUAAAGCUUAUAACUAAAAUGAGCUUUUCACAAUGGUAUUUUGAAUGCUCUUUUCUCUCACUAUGUAAAUUUUCUAAUUAAUUUUAUAAUGCUUCAUGUCUGAAAAAUCAUCUGCAUUAUUUAACCAGUAGGACCAACAUGUGAAAAGAGGAACUUUUCAUUUUAACAAAAAUUAUUAAUUCCAUUAUUUCAUCUCAAAAUAAGCAACAUUUUAGGAUAGUUAUUUGAUGUUGCGAAAUUUGUAUAUAAUUUGUAUGACAUUACAUUCGUAUAAAACGUAUAAAUUUUUGAAAAAAAGAAAAUUUUCCAAAUAUGAUUGUAAUGAAUACCAAAUUUUAAAAAGUAGAAUUGUAUAGUUUAUUUUACCAGGACAUAUUCCUAGAAAGUAAAGCUAUUCUCGACUUAAAAUAUGUACUCGUCAAUAUAUUGUCGUCAUCGGUUGCAUCGAAUAUUGUCGUAUCUGUAUUCCUUUGUGCCAGCAUUUGAAGCAAUAGACGAUGUUUGUAUCAUUCGUUUGCAUCGUUUGGAUCAAAUGGAGAGACAAAACAAACGCAGAUUUAACGGUCGAUACAUCCGACGAUAUGAAUAAAAAAUUAAAAAAAAACAAAUGGAGCAUUUGAAAAUAUAAGCCGCUCAGAACAAAACCUGGCUAUUUUAAUAGGAAAAUGCAUGUACGAUAGGCUGUUUCUGCUCGCAGUAACUCAUAUAACGACCGUUUUCAAUUCGGGUUUAAAAAUUGUAUGAAAUUUAGAGUCAAAUAAUCUCAGAUUUAUUAUAAUUAAAGCAUUAAAAUCAUUUACUUGUCUGGCUAAUAAAGCUAUUGCAUUUCA